AUGGCAUCUCUAUCCCUCUACCCUAUGGAAACUCCUCUGGCAUCCACAAACGUGGAUUGCUAUUGUGCGAAUUACUAUAGCUCAACGAACUGCCACAACACCGUCCCAAAAUUCGGCGACCGCUGUCCCCGCUGCGUCGACCAGCUCCCGACUCCGCACUUCUGUUCAUUUUCCUCCCAUCCUACACCGGCUUGUCUACAAAAAGAAGCACCUUCCGAAGAUAUCGGGUAUUUCCAGGUCGUCCCAGGUGCGAGAGGCGGUGGGGAUUAUCCGUCUAUAGAUACGGAGACUGGCAGGAAAGGGAGUUCUGAUAGCGAUGUGGCGAUGAAUCCAACGGUUGAGUGUAUUGAGGAUAUAAAUGAUCCCGAGGCUGGGCCGGUUACGCAGAGAGUCAGGGGCAUGGGGAGUGAAACUGGGUUGUGA